AUGCCGAAGACAGGGUUCUACGUUUACGAGGUGACAGCAUCUUUCGUUUCAGAUUCCUUCAAUGCAUUCUUUCUUUUCAUUUUUAUUGCUUUUUAUAUUUCUCUCCUUCUCUACUUACUUUUUCUUAUAUUUUGUUCUUUGCUUUUUCACACUUUUUUCUUUUACUCGUUUCUUUUUUUACUUUCUUUUCUUCUUCUUUACUUUGUCUUUUCCCCACUUUUAAAGCUUUCAUUACACUUUACUUUUUUUACUCCUGAUUUCCUUCCUCUUAUUUAUUUUUCUUUUGCCUUCAAUUAUUUUUAUGUUUUUUUUUCUUUCUUUCGCUCUUUUUUUAUUUCUAAACUGUUUAUCGAUUUCGUGAUUCCUUACUUAUUUUUUCAUACAAAUUUCUUCUUGUUAGUUUUUUCACGUGAUUCUUUUUUACGUUUCUUCCCUGCGUUUUAUGUUUCUCACCUUCUCUAUUUCUUUUUCUUCUCUUUUUCCCUUUUUCAAUCUUUUUUUACUCCUUUUUUUUCUUCGCUUCUUCUUUAUUCUGCCUUUCCUUCCUUUUUUGUGCUUUUCUUUACUCCUUUCUUUAUAUUUGUGACUUUUCUUCUUUUUCUUCAUUUCUGUUUCUUUCGUCUUUCAUUCUGCUUAUGA